AUGGAGCCACUAUUCACUUGCGUCUCCAAUAACGCCCAUCACCUUUACACCCUGCUCUCCUGCAUUGGCUUCGCCUCUAGAGCGACUGUGCAAAUCACCCCCGACGGCCUUCGAUUCUCAGUAGAGGAAGGUCGCGUUAUCCAAGGCUUGGCUUUUCUUGACAAAAAUCUUUUUAACAGCUAUUCCUUCACCCAAUCGACCGACCCAAAGGACGUGGAAUCAAAUGAGAGUGACGAUUCCUCAAAUGGAGUUGCAUAUCCUCAUUUCGUUGUUUCGCUUUCCGCUCUCCUCGAAACAUUGAAAAUCUUUGGUAUCAACGACCUCAAUGAGCCCAAUGGCAUCCGAGAUACUAGUUUCCCGCAAACUAACCCGGCGUCAAGCGCAUUUAGCGCACCUGCUUUGCUUAUGGAUCGCUCUUGCACCUUGCAAUACGCACAGCAUGGAGCUCCAUUAAGCAUUGCCAUCACCGAAGCAGGUGUCAAAACUACCUGCGAGCUUGUGACCUAUGAGCCGGAGGAUAACGAAACCGACAUACCCCUUCAGCGUGACGCCAUCAUCAUGAAGAUCAUCAUGCGCUCAGCCUGGCUUCAUAAUGCCAUCGCCGAACUGGACUCAUCGGCCCCAACAAUCCUCAAGAUGUCUGCGUGCGCUACACGAGAACCAUAUUUUGCACUCGCCGGCGCCGGUGGUCCGUUUAGCGAAUCGACUGUGGAGUUCUCUGUUGACCAACACAAUGAGAUUGUUGGUGGUGCAAGCCAUGCUGGUCAACAAUCGCAGUCUCACAAGGUUCUAGCCGACGAUGGAUCAUCGCGGGUACGGGCAACGAGGGCAAAGCUAGCACCAACUGUCACUGAAACUUUUCUUGUGGCACCGCCAGCUUCGAUGGGUGAGCGAAUCAAGCAGAGCUUUCGCUUCGCUCUCAUCAAAAAGGCAGCCCGCGCCAUGUCCGUUGCAAACAAAGUCAGCAUUCGAGGUGAUCGACAAGGGGUGCUCAGUUUGCAGUUUAUGAUCGAAUUGGAUGGUAACAAUGCCGCCGGGAGGCCUGUUGGGGCGGGUGUCAAAGCUCCUGCCGGCCCAGUAUGCUUUGUGGACUUCCGUUUUGUACCACUGCUAGAUGAAGAGGAGGCUGAUAUGGAUAUGCCGGCCGGCAAUGAAUAG